UUUCUUUUCUCCUGCGUGAAUCGCUCUUUAUUUUUGUUUUGGUUUUCUGGGUUAUCUCUCUCUUUGGAGAAAACUCGCACCGUUUCGAUUCUUCCGCCAAACUCUCUAUUCGUCGCCGGAUCAACUCUUCGCCGGCGACCCAAUUCAGUGGAAGGCCUUAUCUCGACUCAGUCUCUUUCCUUUGAGUGUCUUAAGUUAAAAAGUGACUUCCUUUCUGGGAAUUUUCUGCUUCCGUUUCUCGUAAUUUUUCAGGGGUUGUUUGGUAGCUGUGGAAAUUUCUGGGUUUGGGUUUGUUUGUUUCUGUUUGUUAGUUUUUGUUUCUAACUAUUGUUUUUGGGUUUGGUUUGAUUUAUCAAAAAGUUGCAAGUGUGGUGUGAUAAAGGAGACAAUAAAGAAAAAAGAGAGAGGAAAGUGCUUUGAUGCAAAACAGUUUUGCAUCUGAUUCUCAAUCGAGUAUCUCUAAAGUCUUCAUUUUUAUUAGGAAUAAAGUUUGGAAGAUUAAUAAUUGCUUUCACUGUAGUGAGAUUUUUCUUGGGUUUUCUAGGGUUUUUUCUUCAUUCUGAUUGAAUUGAAUAAUGGCGGAGUCUACUGGGGUGGAACGAGGGAUUCAGAGCUUACUAGCUGCGAGGAAGUCUUUAAAAUCGAGUCUUGAGAAAUCGAAAGCUAUUGGGUUAGCUUUGGGGAAGACUGGUCCUAGGUUUGAUGAGAUUGAGCAGAGAUUGCCGUCGCUUGAAGCUGCCGUGAGGCCGAUACGUGCUGAUAGAGAAGCUCUUGGGGAUGUUGGUGGUAAUAUUAACCGAGCUGUUGGUCCUGCAGCCGCUGUGCUUAAGGUGUUUGAUUGUGUUCAUGGACUUGAACAGUCUUUGUUAUCAGAUCCAAGGAAAGAUCUUUCCGGUUAUUUAGGGGUAUUGAAGCGGUUAGAGGAAGCCUUGAAGUUUCUUGGGGAGAAUUGUGGGUUAGCUAUCCAGUGGUUGGAAGAUAUAGUUGAGUAUUUGGGAGAUCACAAUGUUGCUGAUGAGAAGUAUCUUCUGAAUUUAAAGAAAUCCUUAAGCGGGCUUAGGGAAUUUCAUAAUGACGGUGGAGGAGCAGGAGAGAAAGAGAGAUCCCAACUGCGUCUUGAUGGUGGGCUUAGGGAUGCUGCUUUAGAUAAGCUGGAAAGUGAGUUCAGAAGGCUUUUGAAGGAUAAUAGUGUACCACUUCCAAUGGCGUCUCCGUCAUCGCUCGGCGAUCAGGCUUGCAUUGCACCGUCUCAGUUGCCUGUAACUGUAAUUCAUAAACUGCAAGCCAUUCUUGGGAGACUCAGAGCUAAUAACAGACUCGACAAGUGCAUUUCAAUUUACGUUGAAGUGAGGAGCUUGAAUGUUCGAGCUAGUCUUCAAGCACUUGAUUUAGAUUAUCUAGAUAUCUCGGUUUCUGAGUUCAAUGAUGUGCAGAGCAUAGAAGGGUAUAUAGCUCAGUGGGGGAAUCAUUUAGAGUUUGCGGUUAAACAUCUGUUUGAAGCAGAGUUCAAGCUUUGCAAUGAUGUCUUUGAAAGACUCGGUCUGAAUGUAUGGAUGGAUUGCUUUUCCAAGAUUGCUGCUCAAGCCGGUAUGCUCGCGUUCCUUCAGUUUGGGAAAACUGUGACUGAUAGCAAGAAAGAUCCAAUCAAGCUUUUGAAGCUGUUAGAUAUUUUUACUUCGUUAAACAAACUGAGAGCAGAUUUCAACCGUCUCUUUGGUGGAGCAGCUUGUAUUGAGAUCCAAAACUUCACAAGGGAUCUCAUUAAAAGGAUAAUCGAUGGUGCGGCGGAAAUCUUUUGGGAGCUUCUGGUUCAGGUAGAGAUUCAGAAACAGACCCCGCCUCCUAGCGAUGGUGGUGUGCCUAGAUUAGUCAGUUUUGUAACUGAUUAUUGCAAUAAACUUAUUGGAGAUAAGUACAAGUCAACACUAACUCAGGUUCUGCUCAUACAUAAGAGCUGGAGAUCAGAAAGGUUCCAAGAUAAUCAACUUAUGGUUGAGGUUCUAAGAAUAAUCAAAGCCAUUGAGCAGAAUCUGGAUGUAUGGAUGAAAGCAUAUCCAGAUCAAACGCUUGCUCAUUUCUUUGGUAUGAAUAAUCACUGGCAUCUGUACAAGAACUUAAAGGGUACAAGAAUUGGGGAUCAUUUGGGAGAUUCAUGGCUGAAAGAACAUGAACAGUACAAAGAGUAUUACGCCACUGUCUUCCUUAGAGACAGUUGGGGUAAGCUUCCAAGCCACUUGAGCCGAGAAGGACUUAUACUUUUCUCGGGUGGACAUGCCACGGCUCGUGAUCUUGUCAAGAAGAGAUUGAAAGCAUUCAAUGAUGCGUUUGAUGAGAUGUAUAAGAAGCAAGUCACAUGGGUCUUACCGGAAAAAGAUUUGAGGGAUAGAGUUUGCCAGCAGAUAGUGCAGGCUAUUGUGCCUGUAUACAGAAGCUAUAUGCAAAACUAUGGGCCGCUGGUUGAGAAAGAUGCGAGUUCAAGCAAGUAUGUGAGAUACACAGUUGUAGCUUUAGAGAAGUUACUCAGUUCUCUUUACAUGCCUAAGCCAAUGAGAUAUGGAAGCUUCAAAGGAACACCGCCAAGUGAGAAACACAAGAACGAUGUUGACCUUAGGCGUACUACUUCUGCGGUUGUUUGAUUGUAGCCAUGUUCUGUUCACACCUCGAAUGUUGUAUUAAAUAUGUCCACAUUGGUCUGAUGUUCAUCUCCUGGGAGCAGAGGUAUUGUUAUACGUAUAUAAAUACUGUCAAUCAGGUAUAGGAUUUAGUCAUUGGUCAAGUCCCUUUAGUUCAGUUUAUCUCAUAAGACUUCAUGUUAGGGAUCAAGCGGGUUAGAUAAUUCUAUUUAAUGUGUUAACCAGAAGAACAGGAUCAUAAAAUGUGGAAAUCCUUUCCCUUUGAAUCUUCUUGUUCUCAAUGUUGUGUUACAUUUGUGACGUUUAUUAUUUUUAAGACAAUAAAGGAAAAUGCAGGAAAACCCGUUUCUCUGUUCUUUCUUUAA